AUGGCUAAUAUCAAGGAACAAUUAGAUUAGAAAAUGCAAGCAUAAAAAUUUGAUGAGGCUAUUGAAUUAGCCAAUACGAUACCUGAAAACAAUAUAAUGAGAUUUUUCUAUAAAGCAAGAUGUUAUAUAGCAAAAUAGGAUAUGAAUGAAGUCAUAACAUAGACACAUCAAGGCUUACAAUUAAAUAUACCGGCACCAUAAAAAUUCCCUCUUUAUGGAAUGAAAGCUUAAGCGCACCUAGCAUUAUAAUAAUUUAAUGAGGCUGCUGAAUGCUUUUCACAUGCAUAUGAAAUAUAAAAAGAUAAGACUGAUUAAGCUGUGUUAGCAUCAUAUGGCCGUGCAUUAAUGAAUUCUUAACCAUAAUAAUUAGAAAAGGCAAUUGAAAUUCUUUAAUUAGCAAUCAGUAAAGGUGAGAAUACUCCAAAUGCUGUUAUUAUUUAUGGUAAUCUCGGAAAAAUUUACUUUGAUCAAAAGGAUUAUCAAAAAGCACUUGAUAUCUUUAAAAAACUUGUAACUAUUGGAACUUAAGAUAAAGAUAAAUUAUUUACUAUAUGGAAAAGUAAGGCAACUUGCGAAACAAAUCUAAACUUGAAUUAAGAUGCCAAAAAUUCAUUUUUAGAAGCUCAAAAAUUAGAUCCAAAUAAUUAAGAUAUUAUAAAAGGAUUAGCCACUCUUUUUUCAAAUGAAAUGAUUUCAUGUGAAAAUAAGCAUGAUUACUAAAAUUGUUUAACUAAUGCAGAGGAAUUAUUAAAGUUAAUUACUUCUGAUGAUAAUCCUUUGAAAGAGAAUGCCCUUUAUUGUAAAGCUUUAAGUUAUCACAGAUUAAAAUAUGGAAGAGAUUAAGUUAUUUAAGCUUAUUAGGAUGUUUUAAAAGUUAAUUAAAAUCAUACAAAUGCUAUUUCAAAUUUAGCUAAUAUAUAUUAUGUUUAAGAAAACUUUGAAAUGGCAAUUUAAUUAUAUUAAAAAGCAUUAGAAAUCUAAUAAGAUUCAGGUUAUUGGAGUAAUAUGGGAUAAUCUUAUUUAUCAUUAAAAUAACCAAACUUUGAAAAAUCACUUGAAUGUUUUAAUAAUGCUAUAAGAUUGAAUCCUAAUUACGUAUUACCUUUAACAAAUAGAGCUAUGUUAUUGAUGAGAUAAAAUAAAAAGUAAGAAGCUAUGGCAGAUUUAAAAUAGGUUUCAAUUUUAAUAUAAAAUCCAGAAAAUGUAGCUAAUUUAGAGCAAUCUUAAUUACAAUACAUUUAAUCUGGAGUUCAUAAAAUUAUGGAAAUAGAAAAUGAAUUUUAAAGAGCAAAAAAGGCUGCUUAAGAAGCUUUGGCUAAAUAAAAUCAAUAAGAUCCUGAGAUUAUAAGAAUUUAAUAGGAAUUAGAAAAAAUUUAAUAAGAAAUAGAUGCAUAGAAUGCAGCAGAAUUAUCAUAAAUGGCUUAAAAAGAAUAAUAAUAAAAUGUGAAAAAAGUAUCAAAAGAAGAGAUGAAAUAAAGAAUUUAAUAAUUAUUGGCUGAAGCAGAAUAAUCUUAGAAAAAAAACGAAGAAAAAAUAGAAGUUAUUAAAGUUGAAUAAAAAAAAGAAGAUAUAAAAUUAGAUAGAAUAGAAAAAAAAAUUGAUGAAUUAGAGGAAUGUAUAAAAGUGGUUGGUUUAGAUAAAGUUGCUAAAGUAAAAGAAAAUUAUGCAAAAUGGAGAACAGAAUAUGUAGAAGGAUAUAAUUAUGCAAAAGCAUUUUAUUGGACUUUUAUAAAUUAUUGUGAUGCUUAAAAAAUAGCAAGUACAGAGAUCGUAAGUUAAGAAAACGGAUAUUCUGUUGGAACAACUACUAAAGUAGCAGUUAAAGUAACAUAAGCUGUAUUAGAUUUUGGUGCAAGUAUUCCAAUAUUUGGAGCUAUUUUUUCAGCAAUUAAUGGUGCAAUUGGAGCAGUAUAUGAAGAAUAUGAAAAAUUUUAAGAUGAAAAGAGAAGAAAUGCAAUUUUGAAACUCAUUAUGUAUAAUAAAGAUGCUGAUGAUAAAGAGGGUUGGAGCAUGUUAGUUGCUACAGCUGCUUAAUUAAUAGCAGCAAGAAAGAGAAAGUAUUUUGAAGCAGGAAGAGUGGAGAAAGCAAAAUCUCGUUUUGCCUCAUUUGUUGAUAAAGUUUAAAAUUUUAUUAAGGAUAUAAAAGAUAAAGCAAGUGGAUAAAAAGUGGAUUUAUAUGAAUCUUGGGGAGGUUAAGAAGCAUCAGAGGAUAUAACAAUAUUAUUAGCAUUUGUUAUGAAAAAUCACGAAGAAAUGGUUGUUAACACCUCAUAAUCUUUAGAUAUUACUAUAGCUGAUAUUGUUUAUUUAGAAGAUGGUUAGGUUUCACCAGCAUUUUAAUCAAUGUUAGAUAUGGUGAAAAAAAGAGAAGAAAUUGAGAAUCCAAAAAAAGAAACAGAUAGAACAGAUAGUUCUUGCACAUGCUAAUUGAUUUGA